AUGGGGGUAUGCUAUCAGUGUGGAUCCAGUGAUCAUUUUCGGAGGGAUUGUCCACAGUUAGCUUCGUCAGAGCGGACCGCUACCCAGACUCCUGUGCGUUCUCAGACUUCAGUACAGACCCCAACUAGAGGUCGUAAUCAGGGAAAGCCUUAUGGAUCAGCAUCCAGAGCUGAUAGUAGAGCUCGACCCCAGCAGAGUCGAGAGCCUGCAGUUUCAGAGGAUAGACAACCAGCUUUGAUUUAUGCCACCAGAUGUCGGGAUGAUAGAGAUGAGCCUGAGAAACAGGGCAUGCCAAGCACUUGA